AUGGAAACGAUGGAAGAGUUGCUGAAGAGUCCUAUUCUUGAAUUGGAUCCAGAAUUGGAUCAACUCAUCGAUCGAACCGCCAAUCACUUGAAGAGUGAACCGAUUGACGCUUCGGAGGAAGCGAGCGAAGACAAUCACCGAAGAAGUAAUCGGAACAAGAAGUGCGAAGAGAUUUGCGAUGAAAACAAAGACAUUGAGGUUUUGAAGAGAAAAGUGGAGAAAAUGCGAAACGAAUUACUGAUUGUGAAUAAGAGUAAGAAUUUUGCGAAACAAAAGAACCAAAAAAUAAGUCAAUUGAAGAAAGAGAAUCAGUCGCUGAGGAAUGAUCUCCUGAUGGCGAAGAAGAUAAUCGACGUGUUGUUGAAGUUCAGGACAACAGUGUUGGAGAGGGAAGAGAGGGACGAGUUUUGUCAGACACUAGAGAGAGAGUACAAAAGCCUUUUGGAGGAGAAGAAAGCGUCCGAAAAGCCAUUGAAGUUCAAACUGCGGGUCAAAAGCGGGUCGAAGCUCGGGAUGUCGUGUUCGUGGCCGGGAUGUAGUUAUGCGGCCAAACGCACCAAACUGUUGGACGAACACAUGAACGCCGUCCACACCGGGAACAGGCCGUACGCGUGUCCUGUCCUGGACUGCAACAAGUCGUUCGCGCGCUCCACAACUCUGGACGUUCACCUCAAGUCUAGUCACUCUUCGGCCAAACUGUACACGUGUUCGUGGGAGGGAUGCGCUGCGAGUCUCAAGACCAAACUCGGCCUCAAGAUUCAUCUGCAGGCGCACAGCGGGGACAAGAAAUUCGGGUGCUCGUGGCCCGGCUGUGGAUACAAAGGACUCACGAAACAACAGCUCGAGAACCACACUCGCAAUCAUACGGGAGAAAAGCCGUUCGUGUGUUCGUGGCCCGGAUGUGACUCGCGCUUCACCACUGCCGACGGUUUGCGCUAUCACAAGAAGUCGCACUCCAAUGUGCGCCCAUUCAAGUGCGACUGGCCAGGAUGCGACGGCGCCUUCAAGCGGAACCGCGCGCUCACAGUUCACAAAGCGCUGCACACGGGAGACAAAGUGUUCAAAUGCGAUUGGAGUGGCUGUCAGUUCCGCGCGUCCAGAUAUCACGAUCUGGCCGUCCAUAAGAUCCUGCACACCGGCGAGAAGAAGUACCGCUGCAGUUGGCCCGGUUGCGAGUCGCGGUUCUUGCGCAACGACAAGUUGCAGUUGCAUCUGAUGAUCCACAGGGGAGACAAACCGCACAAAUGUCCGUUCAAUGGCUGCGAGAAGCGGUUCGUGGAAAAGGGAAACAUGAGAAAACACUUUAAUUCCGUUCAUUCAAAGUCAUAAUUGUUGUCAAACUUUUGAGAGGAACGCGUCGUAACCGAGAGAUAUUAUGGCCACAAAUAAGUACCGAAAUUGUGGUCUCAAUAGCGAGAAGUUGAGAAACUGAAGCGGAAUGUAGACCAACCAUUCGACCUUUUGGAAACAAUGAGAAAAAGUCCGGACACGAGCGGCGGACCCAUUGCCAUCUCCGACAGCAACUUCUUCAGCACUGCUCUUCUAUGCGAACCCGGGAAGCGUUUGUCCAGAAAUUUGUACCAAAAAUGACCGAAAAGUCCGAAAUAAAUGCCCGCAAAAGACAUGUUUACUGACAGUUAGAGAACAA